AUGGAAGAGCGCGAUUUGCUUGAAUGCUGUGGAAGCAUCAAGUUUGCAUCGGAGAUGGCUUCUGCUUCUCCAUUCUCCUCGUUGCAACACGCACUCGAUGUGGCCUCCAAUACUUGGUGUAACAAGAUUCUUGAUGUAGCCUCCAAUAUUUGGUGUAACAAGAUUAAUGUGCAUUCUUGGCUGAUAGCACUCAAUGCUCACACGAAUAUAUGUGAAAAGUCGCCCUUCUCACAUGCAUUCUACACUAAUGCCCCAAUGGAUUCUAUUACAGAGGAGAUAUAUGCACUUAGCGUGCAGUAUCUGCAAAGGUAUGGGUUUCCAUAUUUUACUAUUUCUUUUGAAUGGGAUGCAGAUGUUAUACUAAUGGAUCUAAAGAAAGGAUAUAUUCGCUCUACAACUGAAUCAGCAGAGACCCAGGCUGCGGUAAAAGAUUUUGAUCUCAACAAAAGCCGUUAUGGAAGGAGGAUUUGGAUCCUGUUGCUCGUGAAAAAGCUAGACAAUUUUGUGAAAUUUGAUAUCCAGGAGAAUAUUAUGUCUAGUGUGCUUCUAAUUUAG